GCUGCGCCUCGGUGUCUCCCAACAGUGGCGGCGGCGAUGGGUGAGACGGAGGCCGGGGAAUGUGCCGUGGUAAGGCUGGAGCCGGCUCCCGAAACCCCCGCCGAGGAGCCAGUGCUGUGGAGCCCCGAGGUAGAAGUCUGCCUGUUCCACGCUAUGCUCGGUCACAAACCCGUGGGAGUGAACCGCCAUUUCCACAUGAUCUGCAUACGGGACAAGUUUAGCCAAAACAUCGGCCGCCAGAUCUCGUCGAAGGUCAUUUGGGACCAUCUCCGAAGCAUGUAUGACAUGCAGGCUCUGCACGAAUCAGAGAUCCUUCCUUUCCCGAAUCCUGAGAGGAACUUCAUUCUUCCGGAGGACAUUAUCCAGGAGGUGAAGGAAGGUAAAGUGAUAUCGGAGGAGGAAAUUAAAGAAGAGGUGAAGGAGGAGGCAGAUCUGCACGCGGGCUCUGAAGAAGCUUUCGGAAAUACCUCAGGGAACUCGGUAAAAAGUGUUGACAAGCCCAGCGUGAAAGAGAAGGAGAGAUCGUUAUCAGAAUCGGGUUCUAAGGAAUCCGGGGACAAGAGGAAGAGGAACCGCGUUACAGAGAAAGUCCUCAACGCCAACAGUAACCCAUCCAGCCCAAACGCCAGCAAGAGAAGACGCACGUAGGGAGGACAUGUGGGGUCGUGUGUCGCACGGGGAGGCAGCUCUGGUUUUGGGGGGUUGGGCUGGUAGCUGGGGUUCUGGUUCUCUGAUGUCUCCGGAUAGUUGUGGUUUGACAUUGUGAAAAAAUAUAGAACAUGCUGAACGUCAUCUGGAUGCUGAGAAGAUCUGCUUCCCCGCGAAUGCUUACAAAGCUUCCCAGUGCUGCUUCGUGGUUGUUAUGCUGUAGCCAGUUGGGGGGGCUACACUGUGGGCAGAAGAGGUCUAAUCAGCCAUCUUGGUUUAUGGAAGGAUAAGCGAGUCUAGCUCCUCAGGGAAUUCCUUUCACCGGUUUAGUGCAUGAAACCAGUACGUGGCAAGACUGUAGCCACUGAGUGGACUGUGGCAACUUGGGCUACAGGAAGCCUUCCACGGGUGGCGUUAAGGGCUCAGCGUUUAGUGCAUGGUUAGGGAUCGUACUGGUAGGGAGGGAAGGAGGGUUAGGGAUCGUACCGUCUAUUCAGGGGACGGAUUCGUCGAUCGCAGCCAUUAUAAAACGUACUGGUUGCUCUCCCUGCCGUACCUCUGACCUCAAGGGAUUUUUUUACUCCGACUCGUAGAUAGUUUGUUUAGCCUCGUUAUUUAAAUCUGUUUUUAAUGAUAUUUUAAUGUUUUGUAGAUAAAAUGUUCUUUUCAUUG